AGCCCAUUCAGGCGCAGUUUAUCGACGUACUUCAUUUCAAUUGUCAUUGUCCAUGUCUGUUAUAUCGGAUUGAUUAUGCUCUAAUUGGGUCCGUUUCUCCCAUUUUGACGAAAGCUCAAGAGCGGUCUAUAAUCCARCCUUAGUCAUCUUUCUUUUCAGUGGUGUUGAUGUGUAUAAUCCCGAAGACAGCUGAAUUCAAGAGCRUCGUGAAUCACUUCGAAGCAUGGAAGGACUGACUGCGUUUGUGACAAAAUUCGACAGCAACAACCUGGAGGAUACUAAGAACGUUACUACGAGCUCAGAUUCAAAGAAAGACAAUACUAACAGUAGCCAAUCAUCGGUACUGCCUUUUAGUAUUGAAGGGAUUCUUGGUAGAAUUGACCAUAAGCUUGAGUCUAGACGCACCGCGGAGAGUAACAAACCCAGUGAGUUAAAUCGAGGCAAUGGCUCCUCGAUUGCAAAGUGUACAAGUAGGACAAGAGCACCAAGAAAUAGGAAGAACUUUUCUGGAGAUCAGCUGCGAGAAUUGGAAAGACUUUUUGAUCAAACACACUAUCCCGACGCCUUGACUAGAGAGGCUUUGUCGAAAAAGCUGGGACUAUCAGAAGUUCGUGUUCAGAUAUGGUUCCAGAAUAGGCGGGCAAAAAGCAGAAGACAAGAAGGCAUUAAUCAGAAAGGUCUUGCUGUCCACGCAACAGAAACGUCACCGACUCACCUUUUCGUACCUCAAGAUCCUUUGCAAUCUUCUACUGAAUCCACAAAAACUCAACUUAUUCCGGAAAUUACACCGUUCCGCUUCGCGAGAAACCAAUAUUGCAACGACCACUAUUGCUCUUACUCACGUUUUGGUAUAUUUUCAAGCACUCCAAACAUGGAUCUUAUGAAGGACUAUCACAGACAAGCGAGCUUAGUGGAUCUAAGGAUAAAAGCUCGACAUCACUCCACACCCAGUGACUAAAGAUAAACAGUUGAGCAACUGAUUUUUGCAACUAUUGUAAAACAUUCAAAAUGGAAACAAGCGAGAUACUAGUAAAUGAUGUUCUCCAUAUACAAUAUUCAAAUUCAUCGUCAGUAAAAAUUUAAGGAAAA